AUGAAAUCAUUUAACAGUUCCUUGAUUAGUGAUAAAAAUAAAGCAGAUGAAGUUAACUCCUUAAAUAGCAAUUUCGGAAUUCAACAACAUACCCUGUGUUCAAAUAAAAAUGAAAAUGAAAAAAAUUUUAGUUUAAACAGUUCCAUUAAUAUUACGAAUAACACAGCUAACGUAUAUAAUGAUAAAAAUAAUGUAAUGAUAAAUGAAAAUAUAAAUUUUAAAAAUAAUUUUGCUAAUUUGUUAAAUAAUAAUGGUACCAACACGUACCAAGACAAAUUAAAUGGUGUAUCAAAAUCAGGUGUUGAUAAUUCAAAUAAAACAGAUAACAACACAAAUGAUGAAUUUAAGAAAAACAAUGAAAAAAAUGAUUUGCAAAUUAAUAAUCAAAAUGGAAAUAUUAGCUUGGAAAAUAAGUUUAACUUUAACAGUUCUUUAAAAAUUAGAAAAUCUCUUACGGAGCAGUUAUGCGAGGAAAUAUCAAUGAAGCUAGGAAAAAUAUUCAUAUGCAAAUCGUACCUAGAGACAUACGUAUUUGAACAAAGCCCGUACAUAAUGAACUUUAUUUACCUGAAGGACGAUAUGGGUGAAUCGAAAAAUAGAGUUUUGAAUUCCUUACUGUUAAGCUCCUUUUGUAAUUUAAUAUGGAAUAAUAAUAUUUACAAACAUGAAUAUUUAAUUUCAAAAGAAAUAUUAAGUAAAUAUUUUAAAGCGAUAGAAAAAAAUCCGGACAAAAACAACUGUUGUAUUGUACCAAUAUAUAACCUUGAUAAAAUAAAAAUGGUUUUAAAUGACCAAGACAAAAAUAUAAAAAUUCUUAAAAAAAAAAAAUUGUGUAUAAAAAAAAAUAAUGAAAACCUUUUAUUUAUUUUAAAUAUUAUAAAAAAUAAUUUUUCGGAAAUUAAAAUAAAAGCGCAACGAAUUAUUCAAAGAUUGCUAUUCAGAUUAGAUAUAUUAGACAAACUUUUUAUAUUAAAAAAUAAUACUGUUUUUUUUUCAAAUAAAUAUGAGUUUAAUAAAUUCAAAUUGAUGGAAAUUUUAGAUUUUUUUAAUUCUUUUAAUAUAGAUAAUCAACUUCAAAAAAUUAAUAAAAAUAUUACAGAACUGGUAAAGGAAAAAAAAAAUUUUCAAAAUUUUCUUUACGCAGAAAAUGAGUUUACAUCUUCUUUGAAGAGCACCAUAGCGAAAAAUGAGCAGGAUAUCACGGAGCUAAAAAGCACAACAUCCGAGAUAAGCAUUAACUUAGAAGAGAACAAGGAGUAUCUGUACCAUUUAAAUGCAUUUGAAAGGGAAGAAAAUUAUGAAAUGCUUUAA